UCUCCAUAGUACAUAUAUACUAAUUUGUUGACACUCUUGUAUUCUACGUCCAAGGGGAGCAAAUCCUCUCCUCCAAAACCCCAAGCAUACUCCAGAAGGAACUGUGUGUUGGCCAAACUGCCAGAAAGAAAACAAAAAAGAUGGUACAUACGUCUAGAGCUGCAUGCAAUAUUCAUGAGUACCUAACCAACCAGCAGCCCGUCUGGCUUCUCCUUCUCUCUUCUCUUGGCUUCUUCAUCUUCCUCAAACACUCUAUCUCUCUAGCCAGAUGGCUCUUCAUAACUUUUCUCCGGCCGGCUAAAGAUCUGGAAAGAUCGUACGGCUCUUGGGGCUUGAUCACUGGUGCCACUGAUGGCAUAGGCAAGGCCUUUGCCUACCAACUAGCCAAGAAAGGCCUUAACCUUGUUCUAGUUAGCCGCAGCUCUAACAAGCUCGAAUCAGUCUCCAAAGAAAUACAAUCCCAUUUCCCCGAUGUGAAGAUCAAAACUGUUGCCUUCGACUUCUCAAGCGAUGAGGGUUUGGUUAAGUUGGUAGAAGAGAAGAUCAAGGGGUUGGACGUGGGAAUUCUGAUAAAUAAUGUCGGAGUGACUUACCCGGCAGCAAGUUACUUCCAUGAGGUGGAUGAGAAAGUGUGGAUGAAUAUUAUUAGGGUGAAUUUGGAGGGGACUACUAGGGUUACCAUGGCUGUUGUACCAGGGAUGCUUCAAAGGAAGAGAGGUGCCAUUGUUAAUCUUGGAUCUGGGGCAGCCGUUGUGGUUCCUUCCCAUCCUCUUUACACAAUCUAUGCAGCUACCAAAGCUUACGUGGACAAACUGUCUACAUCUCUGUACAUGGAGUACAAGGAGUACGGCAUCGACGUGCAGAUUCAGGUUCCGUUAUAUGUAGCAACGAAGAUGGUGUCGAAAGUUGCUGCGAUUGAGAGGUCGUCAUUGUUCAUACCUUCUGCAGAUGCUUAUGCAGAGGCAGCAGUAAAGCGCAUUGGAUAUGAAGCACGGUGCACGCCGUUUUGGGCUCACUCGCUUCAGUGGUGGUUCGCGCGGUUGGUCCCCGACUCUCUUCUUGAUGCCUGGCGCUUGUCUAUCGGUUUAAACAGAAGGGGAAAACUAGCAGCUAUCUAGCUAGCUAGCUAGUUGAAUAUGUUAUUAACUUCUUCUGUAUGUUUGAUGUGUAUUUCUCUCUUUGUUUGAUCGGGUUUACUGGUUAAUAUCUGUGAACUGCUGAGUACGUGUUGAUUUGGACGUAGUUAAUUAUAUAAUGGUUAAAUCAGAUGAUGCAAAUCAUAAUUCAAGUGUAGCUGUGUCACCUGUGUGGAGUCUGAAUUU